AUGGACAAACCGAAGCAGCCCUGUAACUGGACCGGCGUUGCCUGCAGCAAGGCCGUGCUGCCUCGUGGCCGUGACCAGGGUGAUGCUGCCCUUGUUGUGUCCAACAUUUCCCUUGCAUACUGCGGCCUUCAAGGCGGGUUAGACAGCCUUCACUUUGCAGACUUGUCCCAUUUUGUCUAUCUGAACCUCAGCGGCAACUAUCUUUGGGGCUCAAUCCCAUCAAGCAUCGGUGCUCUUGCCAAGCUCACUCACUUAGAUCUAUCCAACAAUGGCCUAAACGGAUCUAUCCAACAAGCAUCCCUAGACUUGCCCCAUCUUGUCUAUUUGAAGCUUGGUAACAACCUCCUUUCGGGCAGAAUCCGUUCAAGCAUUGGGGCUGUUGCCAAGCUUGCAUACUUGGAUCUGUCCGUCAACAAUCUUGAUGGAUCUAUCCCAACAUUCAUAGGAUCCAUUGGAAGCAUAGGAAAUAUGAUGAGUUUAGGAUACUUAGAUCUUUCCAACAAUCAAAUAAAGGGUUCCUUCCCUUCGACCAUUUUGAAAUUAGCAUCUUUAACAACACUGACACUUGCAUCAAAUCAGCUUAAAGGCCUAUUACCGCCAGAGUUAGGUUCUCUUGUUCUACUCACAUAUCUGAAUCUAAGUAGCAACCAGUUUCUAGGAAGCAUUCCACCUCAGAUAGUACAUUGCCACCUUUUAUCAUCGUUACUCAUAUCAGACAACUUAUUGACAGGAGAAAUACCACAAGAACUUGGGUAUCUCACCAACCUAUAUGAGCUGGAUUUGAGUAGAAACAAUUUAAGUGGUGCCAUUCCAAUGACCUUAUCUAAUCUUUACCGACUGUAUAGGCUGAAUUUAUCACAUAACAGUUUGGGUGGCAGAGUUUGGUAUACAUCUAUCCCUGAAUACUUGCCCAUUGUUUCGCUUGACCAUAAUAUGAAUUUAUGCGGCGAAUCGCAGCAUGGCUUAACGCCAUGUGAAUAUGAACUAUUGGUUGGAUGCAUGUGCUGGUUCUGCUUAACUUACACUCUGCAGUAA